GUAAUUGAUUUGUUGGCCAAGAAAAAAAUCAUUCAUCCUAGUGGUUUUCUUUGUCACGUUGUAAUCAAAUUUCAAAUGAAUUUUCCGAUCACUCUGCCACCAUGCACGCUCUCUGUCUACUCUCUCUCUCUAUAUAUAAAAUCUUCUACACCCUUUUCAUCAUCUCCCCUCACUUUCUCUCUCUAAAAACACACCCACUCGUUAUUCUCUCUCUACCAUAAUGCAUGGCUGGAGUCAUAAAUCAGUUAGAGAAAAACAUAAUCCAUCUUUUUCUUCAAGUCUUCUUGACGAAAUCUACCGUUCUAUGGAUGACAAACCCGAUGAGUUCGAGCUCCCGGAAGACAAAGUUUCAAGUCUCCAGCGAACGUUUUUGGUUAAGAACUUAACCGUCCGAACAAGGCCAUCAUCAGUGCAGAAGUCUCACCGAAUUGAUGAUGACCCGUUAUUCGUUGGUUCUGUCUGGAGCUCGAUUGAUUCGAGCUCUAGACAUGUUUCUAAAUCAAAAGGUUUCUGCGAGUUAAGGUCGCAAAAACCUUCCUGUUUUGGCCCUUUAGGGUCAAAACCAAGAAAAGCUGAUGUUUUUUCAGAAAAACAUCAACACGUGGAAAGUGAUUAUUGUUUGAACAAUAGUCACUUGAAUAAUACUGUUCACGGGCCUUUAAUUAAGUCAAAAGCCCGUGCAUUGAAGAUUUACGCGAACCUAAAGAAAGUAAAACAACCGAUCUCACCAGGAGGUCGAUUAACGACCUUUCUCAACUCUCUUCUCUCAAAGAGGCAUAUCAAGAAACCGAAAGAUUUGAACGGACAAAAGAUCGAUAGAACAUCAAAGGCAUCCACAUGUUAUUCGACUUCUUCAUUUACAAAAUCAUGCUUAAGCAAGAAUUCUCCAAGAUCGAGGGAGAAGUUUAACAAUGGGAUCCGGAGAACCGUUAGUUUUGACCCUGUGAGCGUAAUCAUCGAUGAAGAUUGUCGUCCGUGUGGCAAAAAAAUCAUUUACGAUGAACAAGAUUUUAUGAAUGUCCAUUCGACAACGAUGUCUAAAACCCAAUCCGAUGAUGACGAUGAGGAAAAUGAUUAUAAUGACAUGACAAGUGAUGCAAGCUCGGAUUUAUUCGAGCUUGAUCACUUGUCUACUUUACAGGAACUUCCUGUAUUUGAAACCACUCAUUUUGAUACAAAAAUGUACAACUGCUAGUGGGUUUAUUUGCUAAAUUUGUUCCACAUGUUUAUUAGAUUGAAUCACAUUCAUUAUUAGGUUGUGAGUUGUUUUAGGAUUCAUUUUAAAAUUUGAUAUUACUUGACUAGUA